CAUUUUUGGUCAAGUAUCAUUGUAUUGUGCUUCUUGAAACAACCACACUAUCUUUGUCCAGAGCAGCCUGUAUUUGUAGUCCGCUCCUGCCUGUGGGUUUUUUUUUGUAUCCCGAACGAUUCUUUUGGCAGUUAUGGCUGUAAUCUUUCUUGGUCUACCUGACCUUGGCUUGGUAUCAAGAGAUCCCUGAAUUUUCUGCUUCUUAAUACAUGACUGAACAGUUCUGACUGGCAUAUUCAAGGCUUUGGAUAUCUUGUCAUAUCCUUUUCCAGCUUUAUAAAGUUCCAUUACCUUGUUACGCAGGUCUUUUGACAGUUCUUUUCUGCUCCCCAU